CCGCACCGUGCCGGUUAGAAGCGGAUCUCUUCGGGAGGCGGUGCCGUAGUCCAUGAAUAUUGAUUACGCACCGGGGCCCCGUGCGCCCGCCCCUCCUGACUGCCGACGCUCGCUGCUCGCGCUCGGGCUCGCGAUGGGGAAGAAGUCCCGGGCGGUACCCGGCCGCAGGCCCAUCCUGCAGCUCUCUCCACCGGGUCCUCGGAGCAGCACGCCGGGCCGGGAUCCCGACCCCGAUCCGGAUCCCGAGGCUGACCCGACGGCAGCGGCGACCCCGGCGGCUGCGACGGCGGCGGCCGCGACGUCGCCCGCGGUGCCUGCCAUUGCUGCUCCAGAGGACUCGCCUUCGGAAGAUGAACAGGAAGUGGUGGUGGAGGUUCCCAAAGUUGUUCAGAAUCCUCCCAAACCAGUCAUGACCACCAGACCCACAGCCGUUAAGGCAACAGGAGGUCUGUGCUUACUUGGUGCUUAUGCUGACAGUGAUGAUGAUGAGAGUGAUGUUUCUGAAAAAACAGCACAAUCCAAAGAGCCAAAUGGAAACCAGUCAACUGACAUUGAUAGUACCCUGGCCAACUUCCUAGCGGAGAUUGAUGCUAUAACAGCACCUCAGCCUGCAGCUUCUUUGGUAGCUUCUGCUCCACCUCCAACUCCACCUCGACCAGAACCAAAGGAAGCAUCAACACCUGCCCUUUCUUCCACCUCAUCAAAUGGAACAGACACAGCCCAGACACCAGGGUGGCAUUAUGAUACUCAGUGUUCACUGGCAGGAGUGGGAAUUGAGAUGGGAGAUUGGCAAGAAGUCUGGGAUGAAAACACAGGUUGCUAUUAUUAUUGGAACACACAAACAAAUGAAGUAACUUGGGAGUUACCCCAGUAUCUAGCCACACAGGUGCAGGGAAUACAGCAUUACCAGCCCAGUUCUGUAACAGGUACUGAAGCUGGUUUUGUGGUAAAUACAGAUGGAUAUACAAAAGAGAAAACAGUUUCUGUUUCCAGUAAUAAAAGUGGACCAGUCAUAGCCAAGCGAGAAGUUAAAAAGGAAGUGAAUGAAGGGGUCCAAGCCCUUUCCAACAGUGAGGAGGAGAGGAGAGGGGUGGCAGCCACAUUGCUCGCUCCCUUAUUACCUGAAGGAGUAAAAGAGGAGGAAGAGAGAUGGAGAAGAAAAGUGAUUUGUAAAGAAGCAGAUCCGGUGUCAGAGGUUAAGGAAGCAAGCACAGCAGAAGAAGAAGCGGGGACGAUCAUAAAGCCACAGGAGGUUACCCUGGACAGCUUAGAAGACCCUUCCCAGGAGGAUCUUUGCAGUGUUGUUCAGUCUGGAGAGAGUGAGGAGGAGGAAGAACAAGAUACUCUGGAGCUGGAGCUAGCAUUGGAAAGGAAAAAAGCAGAGUUACGAGCCUUAGAAGAAGGAGAUGGUAGUGUGUCAGGGUCUAGUCCACGUUCUGAUAUCAGCCAGCCAGCAUCUCAGGAUGGAAUGCGUAGACUCAUGUCUAAAAGAGGAAAAUGGAAGAUGUUUGUUCGAGCUACCAGUCCAGAAUCUACCAGCCGAAGUUCUAGUAAAACUGGACGAGAGACUCCAGAAAAUGGAGAAACUGCAAUAGGUGCUGAAAAUUCUGAAAAAAUAGAUGAAAAUUCAGACAAAGAGGCAGAAGUAGAAGAAUCUUCUGAGAAGAUAAAAGUCCAAAUAGCACCUAAAGAAGAAGAACAGGAUUUGAAAUUUCAGAUUGGAGAACUGGCAAAUACCCUGACAAGUAAAUUUGAAUUCCUUGGAAUUAAUAGACAGUCCAUCUCCAAUUUUCACAUGCUGCUCUUACAGACUGAGACUCGAAUUGCAGACUGGCGGGAAGGGGCUCUUAAUGGAAAUUACCUAAAACGAAAGCUUCAGGAUGCUGCAGAACAACUAAAACAGUAUGAAAUAAACGCCACUCCUAAAGGCUGGUCCUGCCACUGGGACAGGGAUCAUAGGCGAUAUUUCUAUGUAAACGAACAGUCGGGUGAAUCUCAGUGGGAAUUCCCAGAUGGUGAGGAGGAGGAAGAAAGCCAAGCACAGGAAGUUAGAGAUGAGAUUCUUCCUAAGCCCACUGUGAAAGACAAGACCUGCAUUGAUCCAAACUCUACAGACGCCUCUGAGAAUUCCACAGGUUCUCUUUGUAAAGAAUCAUUUUCUGGUCAAGUUUCUUCAUCACUCAUGCCACUUACUCCAUUCUGGACCCUCCUUCAGUCAAACGUACCCGUGCUUCAACCACCAUUACCUCUGGAAAUGCCACCACCCCCACCUCCACCCCCAGAAUCUCCUCCUCCUCCACCUCCUCCACCACCCCCUCCUUUAGAAGAUGGUGAGAUUCAGGAAGUAGAAAUGGAGGAUGAAGGAAGUGAGGAGCCUCCUGCCCCAGGAACAGAGGAGGAUACUCCUUUGAAACCUUCAACACAGACCACGGUUGUAACUAGCCAGAGUUCAGUUGAUUCUACAACCUCUAGUCCUCCAUCCACUAAAGCAGUAAAGAGAAAGGCUGCCGAAAUUAGUACUGCAGUUGUCCAGAGAUCAGCUACUAUUGGUAGUUCUCCAGUUCUCUACAGCCAGUCAGCUAUAGCUGCAGGUCACCAAGCAAUGGGGAUUGCACAUCAGACUGUCGGGAUGGCACACCAAGCAGUAUCAGUUAGCCAUGCAGCAGCAGGAAUGGGUCAUCAGACCAGAGGGAUGAACCUGCAGUCAAAUUACCUUGGACUAGCAGCAGCACCUGCAAUUAUGAGUUAUGCUGAAUGUUCUGUCCCAAUUGGAGUGACCACUCCAUCAUUGCAGCCGGUUCAGGCUCGAGGAACUAUGGCAGCACCUGCCGUUGUAGAACCGCCGCCACCACCGCCUCCUCCACCUACACCCACACCCACACCACCACCACCACCACCAGCUCCCAAAGUGCCACCACCUGAGAAGACAAAAAAAGGAAAGAAAGAGAAAGCAAAGAAAAGCAAAACCAAAAUGCCGUCUUUGGUAAAGAAAUGGCAGAGUAUUCAGCGGGAGUUAGAUGAGGAAGAGAAUUCAAGCUCCAGUGAAGAGGACCGGGAAUCAACUGCACAGAAGCGAAUCGAGGAGUGGAAGCAACAACAGCUGGUCAGUGGCAUGGCCGAAAGGAAUGCUAACUUUGAAGCCCUUCCUGAGGAUUGGCGAGCAAGACUGAAGAGAAGGAAAAUGGCUCCCAACACAUAGUUUUGAAUUAAAAAAAAAAAAAAGAAAACAAAAACUUUUUUUUGGUUUCGUUUUAUGUUCAGUCUUAACCAGUUUUUUGUUUUGGUUUGGUUUUUCGAGACAAGGUUUCUCAGUAUUGUUUUGGAGCCUGUCCCGGAACUAGCUCUGUAGACCAGGCUGGCCUUGAACUCACAGAGAUCCGCCUGCCUCUGCCUCCCAGGUGCUGGGAUCAAAGGCGCGCGCCACCAACGCCCAGCUUCAGUCUUAACCAGUUUUAAACUGUUGUUAAAUGAAUUGUAAAUGUUAUGAGGAAGAACAUACAUUUCUGGGCAAGAACAUGUACAUCCAAAGUCGUCCGUUUAUGAAGUGUAGUUUUUCUGUUUGCUGAAGAUGAGGUGGUUGGAAUUGCUUUGCCCUGCUGUCUCUUCACACUGGCAAACUUAGCAUGUUAGGUAUGAGUCAGUCUUGAGGAACAUGUGAGUCAUGGACAUGAAACCUCUGUAGAGGACUCUGGCGAAAGUGAAGGGCUUUUCUGCCCAGUAGAGGCUUGUUUAGUUGCUAGUGUGACACUCUCCUUACCUUCUACUCCAGAACAAGUGCAAUUAAGAAGGCAGCUCUGUAUCCUACCUUGCUUGACCAUCAGGAUCUUUCUGACCUCCUCCUCAAGUCUGCUGCCCCUGAAGUGUUGAGCUCUGUGCUGACGCCACACUUUCCCAGAAAUUACAGCACUCAUUUAUAUACAGCAGGAGUAGCAGCAGCAGGUGUUCAGAUCCUUGAUUUUGAGAAAUUCCCCCUAAGUGUGUGGUAGUAAGUAAAAUAAGCCACUUUGUAUAGUCUUCAUUGUAUUACCCGCUUCAAAAACUGACCUUCCUUCUAUGUGUGAGUAUAUUCUCCAUAGAUUCUGGUAUUUAAGAAGCAGUUCACUGGUGUAUACUUUCUAUUAGUAUUGCAAUCAGGAAAGGUCACUUUAAACUGAAGAAAAAGCAAAUUGUGUCUUAAAGCUGUUUGUAUUUCUCCAGUUUCAGACGUUGUAAAUUUGUAUAUACAUACUAAUAAAACUUUUUAUACUUGUGA